AUGAACGUCGUUGUUGGAAUGUCCCACCUGAGAAAGUUAAGCUUGAUGUCGCCAUUGCAGAUGCUACACACAACAAAAAGAAAACUAUCGUCCGUCACUGCCAAGAACCAUGCCUCUUUGGAGAGUCUACUAGAGUUGGUCCCUCAGACUGCCACUAAAUUCAUUACUAAGAACUUACCUGCAGCCCCCGUUGGGUCCAGGGGGACCUUUGGUGGUACAUUGGUGGCACAAUCUUUAUUAGCGUCUCUAUACACUGUUCCCACCAAUUUCGUCCCAACGUCUUUACGUUGUUAUUUCAUCAAUGGUGGUGAUCCAACCAAUAUGAUCACUUACCAAGUGGAGAAGUUAAGAGAUGGUAGGAAUUUUAUUCACAGACAAAUCCGUGCUUAUCAACAUAACAAAUUAAUUUUCCAAUCGAUGAUUCUGUUCUCGAACCAACGAAACUCCAACGAUGCUCAUGACUCUUUACAUCAUUUAGCACAUUUGGAUAACUUGACACCCCUACCACCAACAGAGACACACCAGGAUGCUGCUUCAUUAUACACAGAAAAAAUUAUCAAGAAUGGGAAUUUGCAAAGGUACGCUCAUCUUUCUGAAAGAUUUCUAGACACAGAACACUUACAAAGACAAAUUGACACUUUCGAAACUGGUCCCAUGGAGUAUCAAUUCCCCAAGGAUAUCUUCUACACUCAAAAUAAGCAAGAGAUGUUAAAAUACUACGUGCGCAUAAGACAACCCAUCAUUCAGACUCAGGAUGACGCCGCCGUCGCUUCAGAAACCAAGCUGAUCACCCCGGAGACAGAUGCCAGAUACAACUACGUCGCAUUUGCAUACUUGUCUGACUCGUACCUGUUGUUGACAUUGCCCUAUUUCCACGAACUGCCGCUGUAUUCGCACAAUUUCAGUGUGUCGUUGGACCACACGGUAUACUUCCAUCAAUUGCCCGCGGUGAAUGAUUGGAUCUUCCUGCGUGUGAAGAGCGUGAGAUCACAUUGGGAUAAGCAUUUGGUGCAAGGUGAGUACUACGACACCAGGUCCGGGGAUAUUGUGGCUAGUGUGUCGCAAGAGGGAUUGGUUAGUUAUGAUUCUGAAGAGGCCAUCAGAGCCAAAUUUUGA